AGGCAGCAUCUUGGAAAAGAGUACAGUCAACAUUUCCUAGAUGCUGUCUGGCCUGCUGAAUUCCUCCAGCAUUUUGUGUGUGUUGCUUAAAUCUUUUCCCUUGAUCUAAUAGUGUUUUUAACUUCUCUUGAUUGUCAUCACUGGACUGCAUUUCCUGUUGGAAUUUUUUUUGCAUUUGAGGGAUAUAAAUUACUUGUGAACAAUGUAUUUUUAAACUGUUACCCAUUGUUUUUUCACUGUCAUAUCUUAUACUGUAUUUUUUCAAUCUACUACAGCCAGUUUGAGCUUCUUGUACCUUUGUAGUUUGCUUUGUUUAGAUUUCAGACUCUAGCAUCGGAUUGAAUUAAGUUGGUUUAAAAUGUUAUAUAAAACCUGACAUACUAUAACGUUUCCCUAAAGGCCCCUUUAGAUUUAUUUAUCUAUUUAAUAAGCCCACACCACCCAAUUACAUCCAUGUGACCAAUUAACCUACUAAUCUGUAUGUCUUUGGAACAUGGGAGGAAACCAGGGCACCCAGAGGAAACCCACGCAGUCGUAGGGAGAAUAAAUUGAACCUGAGUCACUGUUACAUAACACUAGAUCUAAAAUGGCCAGUUACCACAACAUAGCUGAUUUGGACAACAAUCUUACAUUUUGAAUUCACCCUCCAUUCUAUCAUCACUAAUUUAGUCAUCCUAUUCUUUAUAUAGAUUAAAAUUCCCCAUAGUUAUUGUAUUAGUCUUUAUUACAUGCACCUCUGAUUUUUCUGGGCUAAGUUCCUCUGCCUUUGCUGCCUUUAUCUCUUUAUUUUCAUCUCAUGGUCCACAAAUAUCACCAAUGCCAUUGGUUUUUCUUCUUUGUAUUUGAGAUUGUCGUCACUGGGUAGUGCUGCGCAUGCAUCAGUGACAUUCAGAAUAAAAAUGCUUUUUCUUUUCAGAGAUGCAGCCUGGUAACAGGCCCUUCCAGCCCAAUGACUCUGCACCACCCAAAUGACCCAUUGACCUGUACACCUUUGGACAGUGGGAGGAAACCCACGUGGUCACGGGGAGAACAUACAAACUCCUUACAGACAGCAGCAGGAAUUGAACCCGGCUGCUGACGCUGUAAUAGCAUGACUCUGCCAAGCUGCCCCAUUAAUUUGAUUAAUUUUAAACCUUUCAAUGAUACCCAUUUCAGUGUGGUUAGAAAAGUACAGCUAAUCAGAUGCCCCCGGGUCUGUUUUAGCAACAUUUCUCAGCUGGCACAAGAGGGUAGAAGAGAGUUUGCUUGAUGCACAGUGGGUAAAUGCACUGUCUGGUGGAGUGCACAAUGACUCUAGACUUGAAUCUUAGCCUUUGCAGUGAUUAGAUAUUGGAUAAUUGGAGUGUUAUUGGAGUGAUAAUUGGCUCAGUGCAGAGAAGUUGGGGAUUGUGGUAUCUUGUACAAAACUAAUUCUUCUGUCACUGUACUAACCAGAGGUACAGCUGGCCAUGUGUGGGUAGAAGGUGGGGAGGAAAGAAUUGAAUCCAGCCUCCUCUUGGAGCUGAGGUUGGGCAUGGCAGGAGGCAGCAUGCCUCACUCAGAGGGUGGUGUAAGUGUGGAAUGAGCUGCCGGUGGAAGUGGUGGAUAUAGGCUUGAUUGCAACGUUUAAGAAAAGUUUUGAUAGGUACGUGAAUCGGAAGGGCAUGGAGGGAUAUGGUGCUGGUGUGGGUUGAUGGGACUAGGUAGAAUAACAGUUUGGCACAUACUAGGUGGCUGAAGGGCCUGCUUUUGUGCUGUAAUGCUCUGUGUCUAUAUAGUAGUGAUUGUUUUUCUUUUGGGAUAUUAAAUCUUGUGUUUACUCUGCAGGCUGAUUGUAGCUAAGAAGGCCUCGACCUGUGUCAGACUCUUCCUUCUGCUGUCAGAACACAGUGAAGAUUUCUGGAGAGCAGCGUGUGUUGAGGCCAAGAAUUCAUUUCACCAUUAGUACAUUGCUAUAUAAUUGCUGUCCCAUUUUGAGUUAAAUUUUGUAUCUGCAAGAGUGUGAGAACAGGGACUUUUUUUUUGCAUAAUUGCAUGCUUCUCCCUCCUGGUUUUCCCUCAUACUACUGCUGCACAGUGUUGCUUUAUACAGUGAUUUUUUUCUCUGUACCCCUUCCCUCAGCCUUUGCAGAAAUAUCAUCCUCUUUUCUAACCCCCCCCCCACCUACCCACCCUGGGUAUUAAAUUGUUCCAGGUUUCGUCUGCCCUCUGCCGCUUUAACGAGUGCACUGUGUGGAUUUGAGCACAAUGAACAGUGAACUAUUAGCAACGUGCAGUGCCUUAGGAUAUUUGGAAGGAGACAAUUAUCACAAAGAGCCUGAUUGUUUAGAAAGCAUCAAGGACCUUAUCAGGUAUCUUAGACAUGAGGAUGAGUCAAGAGACAUCCGACAGCAGCUAGGAGCUGCACAGAUUCUGCAGAAUGAUUUAUUGCCCAUUAUCACACAGUACCCUCAGGAGAAAAUGCUUUAUGAAGCAGUUAUAAGAUUGCUGGUAAAUCUAACACAGCCAGCACUUUUGUGUUUUGGGAAAGUUCCUACCAACCCCACCUUCAGGUAUCACUUUCUGCAAGUGGUUUCAUAUCUGCAGGCAUACAAAGAGGCUUUUGCAAAUGAAAAGGUGUUUGGAAUUCUCAGUGAAAAGCUCUAUGAUCUCUUGCAACUAGACUGGGAACAGAGGCAGGAGGAGGAUAACCUACUGAUUGAAAGAAUCUUGUUACUGGUUCGAAAUGUUCUACAUGUGCCCCCUGAACCUGAGGAGGAGAAGAAUGUUGACGAUGAUGCCAGCAUGCACGAUAAGGUGUUGUGGGCCAUUCACAUGAGUGGGAUGGAUGAUCUAAUCAAGUUCUUGGCUGCUUCCCAGGACGAGCAACAGUGGGCCAUGCACAUACUAGAGAUAAUCUCCCUCAUGUUCAGAAAUCAGAACCCUGAACAGCUUGCCACCACAGGGCAAGUAAAAACCGAACAGCAGAAAGCGAAUGAGUCCAGAGAGCUUGAAAUCUUAAAGCAGAGAGAGCUGGCUGCAAAGAAGAAGAGAACUUUUGAAAGGGGGACCAGGCAUUCCCGUUUUGGGGGAACAUACCUCAUACAAGGCUUGAAAUCAAUUGCAAAUAGGGAUGUUGUUUGUCACAUGGGAGUUCACAAGUUUAAAAACUAUAGUCACGACUGUGGCAAGAAGACCAGCAAAGUUCCAAAGAGGAAACAGGCUGCAGUCGAGGUGGAGAGCAAGCGGCGUUCUGCUCUGAAUGUGAGGUUGUUCCUGAAGGAAUUUUGUGUUGAUUUCUUGGAGAACUGUUAUAACAGACUGAUGUACAUAGUAAAGGACAAUCUCAUACGUGAAAAAGCACAGCAGCAUGAUGAGACCUACUACCUAUGGGCCAUGCCCUUCUUCAUGAGGUUCAAUAGGGUGUAUAGGUUCCGCCCUGAACUGGUAUCCGAGACUGUCACCAUUCGAGCGUUUCACUUUGUGGAGCGUAAUAUCACCAACUACUAUGAGAUGAUGCUAACCGACAAGGCAGCGGCUAGUUCUUGGUCAAGACGAAUGCAUCUAGCUCUGAAAGCUUACCAAGAGCUGCUCAGCACCAUUAAUGAAAUGGACCACUCCAAGGACGGAAAUCUGCGAGAGAGUGCCAGAGUUAUCAAAUGUAACAUCUUCUAUGUUAUGGAGUUCCGGGAAUUGUUCUUAACAUUAUUCCGGAAGUUUGAUGCAACCACGCAACCCAAGUCAUUUUUGAAAGAUCUAGUUGAAACCACCCAUCUUUUCAUCCGGAUGAUUGAGAAAUUCUGUAAAGGCAAAAAUAAUCUUAUUGUGCAGAGAAAGAACGUGAAAAAGAAGAAGCCGAAAUCAAAUCAGAAUGCACCUGCUUCAUCAGAAAAAUCCCAAGAAGAACUUGAGGAGAUCUGGAAAACAACAUUGGAGCAGCUUGGCAGAUGUGCAGAGGGACAAGAGGCUCUGCCAGAGGAUUUGGUCCCAUUUGAUGCUGCCUCAGAAGUCCCUGUGGAGGAGCAGAGGACUGAAGCUAUGAUUCGCAUACAGGAUGCAAUGCUGGCCAGCAAAGCCGCAGAGGCCCUAGUGCUUCUUCGAGCAGCACGGGAAGUGUGGCCUGAAGGUGAUGUCUUUGGCUCUGCUGACUUGCUGCUUGAACAAGAGUUUGAACUGCUUAGACAAAUACUGUUUGCGAAUUUGCCAAGGCUACCAGCUGCUGAAGUUGAAGACAGUGAAGAAUUUCGGGAUGAAGAAAUAGAAGAGGAAGAAGCAGAAUCUGUGAGAGUAACAGAAAGUGAAUUUAAUUUUUUGGAUUAUCUCAGAAGGUUUGCUACUGUUGGUGUCGUGAAGCCCUAUGUUCUCCUGCUGAAGGACUACCGGCAGAACAGUGCUCAUAUUAAUCACUGCAUUGUAAAGAUGCUCUAUCGGAUAGCAUAUGAUUUGAAAAUGGAUGCCCUUCUUUAUCAACUUUCAGUAUUCCACCUAUUCAGCCACAUUCUGGAAGACCCAGCAGCUAGUGCAUACCAAGAACUGGUGAAGUUCUCCAGAUACGUCUUGAACCGAUUCUUUACUUUAGCUGCUAGCAACAGCAAGGCCUUCGUGGAGUUGCUUUUCUGGAAAAAUAUUGCAACCAUUCGAGAAAUGACUGAGGGUUACAGGAGAGAUGAGGAAAGUGGGACAAAUAAAAAGACUCCAAUGUGGACAUCAGAAGAAGAGCAGGAACUUGAAACGUUGUAUCUAAGGUUCAAAGAGGAAGAUGGAGAUAAAGAUGUAAUUGACAACAUCAUGGAACACAUUAAAAAUGAAAUGAGAACCAGAAAGCAAAUUGCGGCUAAACUUGUCCAGUUGAACCUGGUGGACAGCAUCAAAGAUCUCAAACGUGUCAAGAAGGGGACUAAGAUUGUGCUUUGGAGAGAGGAGCAGGAAAUGGAGCUCGAGACAUUAUUUGUGGAGUUCAGAGGAUCAGAUGAUGUCCUUGGUAAUAUCAUGAAAAACAUAACCCAUAAACGAUCCAGAGCCAGAAUUAUUGAUAAAUUGAUCAGUAUGGGCCUCGUUUCUGAUAGAAAGGAACUCUACAAGAAGAGGAGGAAACUCACAAUAACCGGAGGCCAGUUGUUAUUUCCGAAGGAAGAAGAUGAUUUCCUAAAUGAUGUGGGAUAUGAUCCUAGUCAGGGGUUGUCUGAAGAGGAGGAGGAAGAACUGGACAACGAUGACAGCAGUGAAGAUGAAAGUGGAGAGCAGAACAUCAAACCCAGACCAAGAUAUGCUACAAAAGGAGAUACACAGAGGAUCGGUGGAUGGGAGCAUCACCCAGCAAUCCCAGCUCUGUGCUCCAAACUUAAACAGCAAGGUCUGACAGGUCCACUUUUGUGGCUGCAAAAUUGCCUCAACAGAACGGCAGACAAACGAGAAGAUGAUGGGAUCAUGAUUGCUGUGCCACUUGUCCCCUUGUCUGAAGAAAAUGAGGACGCUAUGGAGCAUGAGAUGUUCCAGAAGCUUCUGAAAAAAGUUGGAAUCCGACCUCCAGCUGAUGAACAGGAGUCUUUUUGGAGGAUUUCUGCUAACCUGAGUGCCCUGCAGUUACGUAAGAUUGCUUCAGUUCUCGCCCUGCAGGACAGUGAUGAUGGUGAAAAAGGAACGGCUGAGGAAGAGGAUGAAAAUGUUAGUGCUGAUCGUAAGUCUGAGGCCUUGCGAGCUCUUGUGAUGGCCAGGGAGAGGCGUGCUGCUCCUCUUAAAGGCAGUGAUGAUAAGCCUGAAGUGAGAACCAAUGGUGCCUUUGAGCCUGCCUCUGGAUCAGACAGCGACACCAAAAGUGAUGGUGAGAAGACCAAAGCUAAACAUUUGCUAAAGCGAAGUCGCAUUUUUGACAGUGACAAUGAAAUGGAUGACAAAGGACUUUCAGUUGAAGGCACACCUGAAGUGGAGGCGAUGGAAGACUCUGAGCCAAACUCCGAUGUGUCUGACUCCGAACUCACCCACAGAGUGGUCAAACGACGUCGGCGAGCAAUUGAAGAUGAUGAUGAUGAUGAUGAAUAAUUAAUUGACCUUGAUGAACUUACGUCAUUUGAAGUGGUUUUGAACACUGGGUCACACAAAAAGUAACUUGUAACCAAGGAGUAAUGUCAUCAACAAAAGCUAAUGUCCUUCAUGUAAGCUUUGUAAGCAAUUUCAUUCAAAGAAUGAAGUGUUACUGUUAUACAUUUUAAAUCAUCCUUGUUUGCAGUCAAACACUCUUUAGUAAAAUCUAUUAAAAAUUAAUAAAAAAUCUCUGCAAAGUUGAAAGUAUCCUUUUUUAAGAAAAAUUGUCUUGGUAUCUUGUGAAAGGGAAGAAGAGCACUGUAACUUGAGAAUUCUAACUGUAGUCCUUGCCACAUAUUGGAUAUCUUCAUUAAUUGGAUGCUGGUGUAACAUGGCUGUAGGCAGUAACAAGGAGUAUUUAGUGGGAGGUAGAGAAACAGUUUACUCAAAAAUUUUCUUGAAGGCAUUACUUGAGCAAGGCAAUGGUGCAUGUCAAUUUUGAGCCAAAAAGUUGAUUUUGGUUGGGGAGGGUGGUUAUUGUGCACAAAAUAAACAUGCCUAGCAUGAGGAGGUGAGAGAAGUUAUUUUAUCUCAUGGCCAUAAUUGGUAUUUUAGCUGAACAAUGGGUAGAAGUGUAAGGUCGGUGACAGGGUUUAGUAAGAGAAUGGUUCGAUGAGGUUCAAUCAUUUUAAAACAGGAAAGGAAAGCAAUUGGUCACUCGCUUGCUUUAGUCAGAUUUUCAUCCCUCUGUUGGUAGCAGCAGAGAGACUGCUUGCGUCAGUUGUAACCCAUGUCCACCUGCAAUGAAUACGUAGUGUGUUUGCUGUGAAGGAGAGGAUUUCUCUUCCUGUUUUACUCCUUCAAUCUAAUUGGCUAGCUACAUCCUCCUUCAAUGAAGAACAACAACGUCAUGAAUUUUACUUUUUGUGUGGCUUUGGAUAUUUUCCUUUCUGGUUUGAUGUGUGUGGGUUGGUAUUUGUACAUUUUAAACCAGAUGUGUUGAGGGAGCUA